GAAAUACUGCUUUCAUAAUAAUUUAAAAAGUUUAAUCAUAAAAUAUUGGCACCGGCCUAUCGCCACUGGUAUAUAUACGAAGGUCCAACUUUUUCCUUGUUCCAAACAGAACAUCAAUAGAGAACCACGAACCCUACCGUUCCCUUUACAGUCCAGUCCCUCAGAUCUGUGUGAUUCCGCAAAAACCCAUCUUAGCCAUGGGCAAGAAUGAUUUCGGCGAUGGCGCUAGUCCUGGAAAAAUCUUUAUUGGAGGUUUAGCGACAGAGACGACGUUAGAACAAUUUGUGAAGUACUUUGAGAAGUAUGGAGAGAUAAUAGACUCGGUGAUUAUGAAAGAUAGGCAUACAGGUAGACCCAGAGGUUUUGGGUUCAUCACUUAUGCAGAUCCAACCGUUGUAGACACUGUUAUAGCCGAAAACCAUAUUAUCAAUGACAAACAAGUUGAGAUUAAAAGAACCAUUCCGAAAGGAUCUUCUGCUGAUUCAAAGGAUUUUAAAACGAAGAAGAUUUUUGUUGGUGGCAUUCCUACUACCAUGACUGAAGAUGAAUUCAAUAACUUUUUCUCCAAGUUUGGGAAAGUACUGGAGUAUGAGAUCAUACGAGAUCACGUGUCCAAGCGUUCUAGAGGCUUUGGAUUUAUUGUGUUUGACAAUGAACAAGUAGUUGAUAAUUUGCUGGCCGAGGGGAAUAGGAUUGACAUGAUGGGUACUCAGGUUGAGAUCAAGAAGGCAGAACCAAAGAAACCCUCAAACCCAGCUUUUGCUCCUGCAUAUGGUAGUAACUCUAGGGGGCGUGGAUAUGGCGAUAGUUAUGGAGGAUUUGCCAAUUCAUAUAACGGUUUUGAUAGUGGAGGUUUUGGCCCUGCUUCUUAUAGGUCAUUUGGAUCUAGGUUUGGUGACUAUGGAUAUGGUGGUGGUGAAUUUGGUGGUAGAUAUGGAGACUUUGGCAGUAGUGAAUUUGGUGGUUACCGUGGAGACCCUUCACUCGGUUAUUCUAGUCGUUUUGGCUCGUACGCUGGUGGUUAUGGUGGGGGAUAUGGUAGCAGCGGACUAGGAGCAUAUGGCCGUGGGGGAGGUUAUGGGGGUUAUGGUGGAUCUGGCCCUGGUGCUGGUUAUGAAUCUGGCCCUGGUGCUGGUUAUGGUGGAGCAGGAGGUUUAUAUGGAAGUAGGGGAGGGUAUAGUGGCAGUGGCCGUUACCAUCCUUACGCCAGGUAGAUUUCCUAAGCUUUGUAGGAGUUGCAUUCAGGUCUCUUGGUUAUUGCAUCCUCAAGCAAAGGUCGAGUAGAUAUCUCGGACCACUAGCAAGGAGACACCACCUAGAAGAUUUGGAGAGCCCUAGUUUGCUACUACUUAUUACGACUACGCAACCAGAGAACCAUAUCUAGAUAAAUAUGAUAUAGUUUGUGGUUUGUCUUAGUUUAGACAUUUUCUCUAUUUGUGAACUAUGAUUAGCUAGAUCCGUCUUUUGGAUUCUUUUGUGUGUCUUAUAAGUUUGUUUUCAUAGAUACUUUUAUUCAGGCUCUUCUUGCUCUCUAUUAAGUAAGUACUUUCCUCGUUA